ACAGACAUCACAACGUAAUUCGUCAUUCAAAAUCCUUUAAUUUGAUGGGUCAUACAUUGAUUUCUGAUUAUCCGUUCCAAAGAUACAAAUAUUUGUACAAAAUUAUGAAAAAUCGAAUAAUUUGAAAUAUUUACAAAAAUAUUUUAAGUUGUUUGUUAACAUGCCGGGUGUGUAUGGUUGAUAAGAAAAGAGUGCAGACGUUAUUUUUGUUAAUAUUAACCUCCAAAGAUAUGACAAGCCACAAUGCUAAAAGUCCGGAUGUAGUCGGAUGAGAACAUGUAACCGCAGUUGUUAUUUGUGUAAAUGUUAUCACAUAUUUUUAAAACUAUAAGGUCUUGUUUUUGCAAAACACAUUCAAACAUUUGAUCACGUUCAUGCUGUGUGAAUUUCGCCUAUAAAUACUGAAACAGACGAGCAUAUACCACAGUCGACAUCUGACAGUUUCUACAGUAUAGUUGCAGUGUUCAGUGGAAAAUAUUCAAUUAAGAUAUUCCUAGCGUUCAGACGUGUGCUCUGGUGAGUUUUAUAUCGUUCAGAAGUGUGCUCUGUUGAGUGACAAACUUUGAAUAUUUUUGAUUUUGUCGAAAACAAUUUUUUGAAAUUUUUAAAACAUAUUUAGAGUUUGGGUUCUAAAUUUUUGAAUUCUAAGUUUUGAAUAUGUAUUAUUUUAUUACUUAGUGGUGUUUGAUUUGGUCAGUAUUUUUUAAUAAUUUCUCAUCCUUUAAUAACGAAAACAUGAACAAAUUCUUAGUCACUAAAGAUACUUUUAAGAAAAUCCGUAGAUUUGGCCUCCAGGGACGAACUCUGGAAUUUAAAAUCAGGGAUGUGCCGCAGAGUGAGGAACCUGUGGGAUGGGUAAAAAAGGCCAUCGAGGGGAUUGUGCUUAAGGGAACAGAAGGUUUGGAACCAACCGAUCAGGUCGGUUUCACUUUUUGCUCGAAAGACUUUGCCAGAGGUCAGGGUUGGAUGCGGUUCAAACCUGCCUCUGAAGUGACCGUUGAUGAUAUAUGGGAUAAGAUUAGUUCCAUUUAUCAGUCAAAUUCUGCAGGCCUCAAUACCGAGACAUUUUGUUUGGGUAUUACGACGGUGCGUUUGCCUACAGGUAAAGGUCGUGGUUACAACUAUAACUCUUUCACCGAAGAGUGUGCCCGUAGGAAAGGAAUUAUUGUUAUUAAAAACAAGGAUAAUCUUUGUUUACCUCGUGCUCUUGUGGUUGCAAAAGCUCACGUAGAUAAGGACCAAGAAUGGAAGAAGGUACGUCAAGAUGUUGGAAAAAUACAAGGACAAAGAGCCCAUCAACUGAUUGAAGCCGCUAAUGUAACAAUUCCUGUCGGAGGGGCAGGAAUACCCGAACUACAACAGUUUCAGGGACACCUCACAGAUUACAAAAUUGUGGUGUAUAGUUAUGGUAGCAAGGGUCGUGACGUUAUGUUCUGUGGUAACACUAAUGGUCCAGCGUUAAAUCUUUUGUAUCAUGAAGGACACUUUAACGUGAUCACUUCUUUGACAGCUGCUUUUUGCUGUCGAUAUUAUUGUGAGGAGUGCCACCAGCCGUUUAACAACAAAAACGACCACAGAUGUGGUGGUACAUGUUUUGCUUGUCGUCGUUCACCAGCUUGUUCCAAAGAUUGCGUGAAAAUACCCUGCGAUCAAUGUGGUCGAAACUUCUACGGUAAGGCAUGUUUCAAUGCUCAUGUUGGUUCGGUCUGUGAGAAAAUCAAAAGGUGUAAGACCUGUUACAAGAUCUACACCAAAAGUCAUGUCUGUGGUGAGGUCUUCUGUAAAACUUGUAAGAAAAAUUGUCCGUCAGAUCAUCUUUGUUACAUACAGCCCGAUUCUGGUAGGCCACCGUCAAAAGAUUUUCUAUUUAUAUUUUAUGAUUUGGAAACUCGUCAAGAAACGGUAAUGCCUGAUGGUUCACUUCUUCAAGAACCUAACCUGUGUGUUUUUAAACAGUGCUGCGACAAAUGUUUGGAAUCCGAUACCCGCAUGUGUACACAAUGUGGUGUUCAUCUGCAAGUUUUAAAAAACAACCCUAUUGAACGGUUUAUGGAGUUUGUACUUAAUCAACGUAAGUUAUUCAAAAGAGUCGUUGUUAUGGCCCAUAACGGUGGUGGCUUCGACCAUCAGUUUGUGUUAAAUUAUAUUCUAACAAAGACUGAUAUUACUCCCGAUUUGAUUAUGCGUGGUACAAAGUUGGUGUCAAUGGCUGUUGGUAACGCUCGUUUUCUUGAUAGUCUUAAUUACUUUCCAAUGGCGUUGUCUGCUCUACCUAAAGCUUUUGGGUUGACAGAGUUGAAAAAGGGAUAUUUUCCACAUUUGUUUAACAGAGAGGAAAAUCAAUCUUAUGUUGGACCUAUGCCUGAUCUUAAAUUUUACGAUCCCGAUAAUUUAAAAGAUGAUGCACGUGACAAGCUGAUCGCGUGGCACGCUGAAAGAGUAGAUGAGGGAUACGUUUUUGAUUUUCAAAAGGAAAUUGUUGAAUAUUGUAUUAGCGAUGUUGAGAUUUUGACUAAGGCUUGUCUCACUUUCAGAAAACAGUUGAUGGAUACUUCAAAUGUCUGUCCGUUUUUCGAGGCAACAACUGUUGCAUCGACGUGUAACAAGGUAUUCAGGCGUAAUUUCUUACAACCAAACACAAUAGGCCUUAUUCCAAAAGGUGGCUAUCGAUUCAAAGAUAAUCAGUCGAAAAUAGCUUUGCAGUGGUUAUUGUGGGAAGAGAAGCAACGCUGUAUUAAAAUUCAGCAUGCUGCCAGAGGACCUGAAGCUCUUAUUGGAAAUUGUAGGGUAGACGGUCUUUACGAAAACACCAUCUUUGAUUUUCAAGGUUGUUAUUAUCACGGUUGUCCUACUUGUUACCCUACAGAUAGAACUGCACCCCUUCAUGACGAUCCUUCAGAUUGUAUGGAAAAUCGUCAUGAUAAAACAAUUGCUAAAGUUAAGCAUCUCAGAUCAAUAGGAUAUGAGGUGGUUGAAAUGUGGGAAUGUCAAUUCCGUAAAAUGCUGACGGCCGAGAUAAAGGCGUAUACCGAGGGGCAUCCUCUUAUGGCUAGUUUACCUUUGAAUCCUAGAGAUGCUUUAUAUGGUGGUCGUACAGGCAAUACUGUAGAGUAUUACAAGUGUAAAGAUGGUGAAAAAAUUAAAUACGUUGAUGUUUGUUCGCUUUAUCCGUGGGUAUGCAAGUACGGAAAGUUCCCAAUCGGACAUCCAAAGAAAAUAUAUAUUGGACAGGAAUGCACUGCUGUAGACAUUACUGAGUUAUCUGGAUUAAUAAAGUGUAAGGUGCUUCCUCCUACAAACCUCUAUCAUCCUGUUCUUCCUACCAAGAUGAACAGUAAAUGUAUGUUCGUUUUAUGCCGAAAGUGUGGAGAGGACUUUGCGGAAGAAGAGUGUGAGCAUUCGAAUGAUGAACGGGCUCUAACAGGUACUUGGGUGAUUGAGGAGGUAGUGAAAGCUUUAUCAAAGGGUUAUAAAAUAAUUGAGACCUAUGAGAUAUGGUCCUAUGAUACUUUACAGUUAUCGAAAUCUCAGAAAGGUCUUUUUUCCGAUAUGAUGAACAAAUUUAUCAAAGUGAAACAACAAGCUUCAGGGUGGCCGCGAGGAUGUGUAUCGGAUGAGGAAAAGAGCCGGUACAUCGAGGAGUUUCUUCAGAGGGAGGAUGUCAGGCUGGAGUUUUCCGACAUAACGGAGAACCCUGGUCUGAGGUCGUUGGCUAAGCUUAUGCUCAAUUCUUUCUGGGGUAAGUUCGCUCAGCGAGAGAACCUCCCUAAAACAUCCAUAAUAAACAAGUCUGGAGAAUUUUUUGCUAUGUUGAUUAAUCCAUCCAUUCAUGUUAAUACGGUGAUCCCUGUAAAUGAGGACACACUGGUUGUUACGUGGGAGUAUGUGGAGGAGGCGUACUCAAUGUCGUCAACAGUUAAUGUUGUUCUGGCAUCAUACGUAACGACUCUGGCUCGUCUCAAACUAUAUUCCUAUUUAGAUCGGGUUCGCAAAAGAGCUUAUUACUAUGACACAGAUUCCAUAAUAUACCUUUCUAAGCUUGGUUUGCCAAACCUUCCUACAGGUGAUUGCCUCGGUGAUCUAACAGAUGAGCUUGGUGGUGGAUAUAUUUCGGAGUUUGUUUCUGGAGGGCCUAAAAAUUACGCAUAUAAAUACACUUUGCCUAACGGUAAAGAAAAAAUUUGUUGUAAGGUUAAAGGUAUUUGUCUAAAUUAUGAGGCAUCUAAAUUAGUUAAUUUCGAUACCAUUAAGACGAUGGUACUUAUGAAGUCUGACCCUGUUUCUGUGGUGACUAAACAAAUACAAAGGACACAGGAUCAUUGUGUUAUCACAAAAACCCUUGAAAAAAAAUAUAGACCAAACUCAGCAAAAAGAAAAUUUUUUGAAGAUUUUACAUCCUUACCUUAUGGUUAUAAAAAACUUAAAAUUUAAACUAUGGCCCAGACUCAGCUUUUUUUAUUUUAUACACUAUACCUUUUUAACACUCACAAUCAACAUUUUUAAUUAGUAAGUUAUAUAUUAAUAGAUUACUUUUUGUUUUGUCAACAGUGGAUGCUUUUUCCUCUGCGAUACAACCGAUCGUCUGUCACACUGAAAAGUGGGUUACUAAAAAGUUGUAGUGAGUUGUCGUUUGUCCUACAUGAUUAAAAAAUCUUUAAAAGAUGUUCAGUUAAGACCAUUAAAAGAUAUCUGAUAUAGCCCACUGGCAAAUUAAUGAGCCGUUCUGGUUAACUCUAGAACCGUUGCUCGUGUAGCCUCCAAGU